AUGAAUAAAGUUCAAUUGAUUUUAUUGAUAUUUUUGAGUUUAUUCAACCAAAUCAAUGGAUUUUAUUUACCAGGGGUUGCACCAACUAAUUAUAAAAAGGGUGAAACUAUACCAUUAUUAGUUAAUCAUUUGACACCUUCAUUACAUGUCACCCCUGAUUCAAAGACUUAUGUAUAUUCAUAUGAUUAUUAUUAUCCAAAAUUCCAUUUCUGUCAACCAAGUGGUGGUCCAAAGAAACAAAGUGAAAGUUUAGGUUCGAUUAUCUUUGGUGAUAGAAUUUUCAAUUCCCCUUUUGAGAUUAAAAUGUUAGAAGAUGUUAAUUGUAAGAGAUUAUGUAGCUCAAUUUAUUCAAAAACUGAUUCAGUUUUCGUUAACAGAAACAUUAGAGCUGGUUACAGUUACAAUUGGAUCGUUGAUGGGUUACCCGUUGCCCAUCAUGUUGAAGAAAGAAGAACUAAAAGUCAAUUUUAUGGUUUAGGUUUCAAUAUUGGUGAAGUUGAUGAAAGUAGCUUUGCCCAUAUUUACAAUCAUUUUGAAAUUAAGAUUGAAUACCAUAAACGUGAUGAAAAUAACUUAAGAGUUGUUGGAGUCACUGUUGUUCCUUAUUCUUAUGAUAGAAAUGGAUUACCUGAAGAUGCUGAAGAAAACGAAUUAUGUAAUCCUGAAUUGAAAUUCAUUGCAUUGAAUAAAAAUGAAGAAACCAAAGUUCAAUUCACUUAUUCUGUUUCUUUCACAGAAAGUAAAACUGCUUGGGCUACUAGAUGGGAUAAAUAUUUACAUGUUUAUGAUCCAAAAAUUCAAUGGUUUUCAUUAAUUAACUUUUCAUUGAUUGUUAUCAUUUUAGGAGUUACUAUGGCCCAUAUUUUAUUAAGAACUUUAAGAAAUGAUAUUGUCAAAUAUAACGAAAUUAAUUUAGAUGAUGAUAUUUCUGAUGAAAGUGGUUGGAAAUUAGUUAAUGGUGAUGUUUUCCGUGCACCAAAAAACAAAUUAAUCUUAUCAGUAUUAAUUGGUAGUGGUAUUCAAAUCUUCUGUAUGAUUUUAGUUACCAUUGUUUUUGCAUUAUUAGGUAUAUUAUCACCAUCAAACAGAGGUUCAUUAUCAACUUUUAUGUUUAUGUUAUAUAUCUUUUUCAGUUUAGUUUCAUCAUUCGUUUCAAGUUAUAUUUAUAGAUUCUUUGGAGGUGAAAACUGGAAAUUAAAUAUGAUUCUUAAUCCUUUAUUAGUUCCAGGUUCAUUAUUUAUGAUUUUCAUUUUGUUGAACUUCUUCUUGGUUUAUGUUCAAUCAUCAGGUGCUAUUCCAUUAGGAACUAUGUUAGCCAUUAUUGUUAUUUGGUUCUUAAUCUCAAUUCCAUUAUCAAUAGUCGGUUCAUUAUUAUCGUUCAAGAGACCAUUAUUAACUAUUCCUGUUAAAGUUAAUCAAAUUCCAAGACAAAUUCCAACUCAACCAUGGUAUUUUAAAUCAGUUUCAUUAUCAUUGAUUUCAGGUAUUUUCCCCUUUGGAUCAAUCGCAGUUGAAAUGUAUUUCAUUUAUACCUCAUUAUGGUUUAACAGAAUUUUCUAUAUGUUUGGAUUUUUAUUCUUUUGUUUCAUUUUGAUGAUUAUGACAACUUCAUUGAUUUCAGUAUUGAUGAUUUAUUAUUUAUUAUGUUCUGAAAAUUAUAAAUGGCAUUGGAAAUCCAUGUUUAUUGGUGGAGGUUGUGCAAUUUAUGUAUUCUUACAUUCAUUGUUCUUGAUUGGUGGUCAAAAUUUAGGUAAUUUCACUUCAAUCAUUUUAUAUAUUGGUUAUUCAAUUGUUAUUUCAUCAUUUGUCUUCAUUUGUUGUGGAUCAAUUGGGUUUAUCAGUUGUUUCAUCUUUAUCAGAAAAAUUUAUGCUCAAAUCAAAAUCGAUUAG